AGCACACAUUAAUGACGGGCGCCACCACGCCCUCAGCAGCAGCAGCAGCAGCAGCAGCAGUAGUAGUAUACAGAGACACACGGCCACUCCAGUAAACACACAGGGCUACAACCGCUAUCCGACACCAUUACAUCUCUGAUCAGACGCUGAAUAUGGAUCUCGACAACGAACGAGCUAAAAUGAAAGAGUCCAGAAGACGAGAACACCAAACAGGUGCAAGCGAGCAUGCUUUACAUGAUGAUGUUGAAGUUUUGGAGGAUCCAGACCCUGGCAUUGGCUGCUGUGGCUGGCUGUUGGUCGCGGUAUCCGUUCUCCUCAUGCUGCUUACUCUGCCCAUCUCCGUAUGGAUGUGCAUUAAGAUUGUGAAGGAGUACGAGCGAGCUAUCAUCUUUCGCCUGGGGCGCAUUUUGCGAGGAGGAGCCAAAGGACCAGGGCUGUUCUUCAUCUUGCCGUGCACUGACAGCUUUAUUAAUGUGGACAUGCGCACCAUCACCUUCGACAUCCCACCGCAAGAGGUUUUGACCAAAGACUCUGUGACAGUGAGUGUUGAUGGUGUGGUGUACUACCGGGUCGCGAAUGCUACUCUGGCUGUGGCUAACAUCACCAAUGCAGAUGCUGCUACCCGGCUGUUGGCCCAGACCACCCUGAGGAACGUCCUGGGUACAAAGAGCCUGGCAGAGAUCCUGUCUGACCGGGAAGAAAUCGCACACAGUAUGCAGACCACUCUGGACGAUGCUACAGACGCCUGGGGCAUCAAGGUGGAGCGGGUGGAGAUCAAAGAUACCAAGCUGCCCCUUCAGCUCCAGAGAGCAAUGGCUGCUGAGGCUGAGGCCAGCCGCGAGGCCAGAGCCAAGGUGAUCGCAGCGGAGGGAGAGAUGAACGCGUCGCGGGCCCUGAAGGAGGCCUCCCUGGUGAUUGCCGAGUCUCCGUCGGCCCUGCAGCUGCGUUACCUUCAGACCCUCAACACCAUCGCCGCCGAGAAGAACUCCACCAUCGUCUUCCCGCUGCCGCUGGAGAUGAUGCAGGCCUUCAUGAAACGCUGAGGAGGAGUCUCAAAGCGCAUCGUUCACACGCACACGCACACACUCACACGACAUGCAUCACUUACAUGCACACACACAUUUAAGGCCUCUGUGUCUAUUAAGCAUGUCUUUUUGAACCAGCAGAGCUAAGAUGACGCUUAGCAAGUUGUGCUUGUGGCUCAUGAUGCACCGAGCUGCCCUCAAAAAACUUGUGGCUACUAACACCAACCUUUUUUUUUUAUCAUUUUGCCAUAGUUGCAUUUGAACACACCUCAACUGACGUAGCUGACAGCCAGGCCACACGCACGUAUGUUCUGCGGCUGCGUGAGAAGAAGUAACUCCACACCAGGAGGGAGCAGUAGUCUGCACUCAGAAUCUGGUAAAAACUGCAACACAAAAACAUUUUCGAUCUUUGGUUACUUGAUUCCAAACUGCCAUUUUGUUGUAAAAAAAAUAUCCUCCUAGAUUAAUUAGACCACUUAAGCGGAUGAGCAGAAGAUACAAAUAUGAAAUGUAACUUGUGUAACAUAGUUGCAUUGCUCAGACCUGUUAAUCAGAAAGCCAACCACUGACUGAAUUUACUAGUAGUGUUUAUGAGAUUGAACUAAAAACAGCGAUAGUGCAGCAGGUGGCUUAGCUUUUAUCCUGCUCUUUUAUUUCUGUCUUUUCUUUAUGCUACAAAUGUAGAAGUCAUGCAAGGUUCCCUGACUAUUACAGAACCUUCUCAUCAUCCGUUUUACAAACAUUUUAAAGGAAAGUGCCUGCUGGUUAUGUGGCCUUACACCUUCAUACAUACACAUAUUCCUGUACUUAUACAUCUAACAUCUCCUGAUACUGUGGCACUACUGCAACCACUGCCAGCAUCACAGUGCUCUCAUCAUUUUAUACCCAAGUAUUUUCCUUAUAUCCAUAUUAGGACUCUAUUGGUUUUAUUCCCAAUCCACAAAACCAAAUUAAAUGUAUUUUAGAUGUUGACUGUACCAUUGAAUAUUUUUACUGAAUUUUAGUAUAAAACUCAUUCAUACUUCAAACUUACAUUGUACCCUUGAAGGUUCAAACACGUACAGUACUAUACUUGACCUGCUCCACUCGACUUUUAUCUGGAGAGUGAGAGAAAGAAACACUAACAUGCUGGUAUAAAGAUCCCCUUUCGCCUUUUUAGAGGCACAAGAUGGAUCCAUGCAAUAGCGUAAUCUUGUUGGAUUGCAAUUGCGUUCGCUGUAUUACAAAACUAACCGGCACGAGAGGUAUGCAGCGAUCUUAAAAUAGCCCCUUCAGAAAGUAGGGAUCGGCCAGAGUGACAUGCAAAUAAUAACACAGAAACACACACCUUUUCUCCAGUUGCCAGUUCCUUUCGUCUCAGAUGACAUAACACAUGUCCGAAAGGUUGACCGUCAGGCUGGAUGUUACAUGUAUAUGUUUACAGUAUGCUUUCUAUUCAUACACAGCAUAUCUUAUAUUUAGCAGGGUGGACAAAAUGUUAGGAACACCUCACAUUACCGUAGAGUUGAACAUUAUCAGCUACACAGGUGGUACUGUAUGUAUCGUAGGGCUGGCAGGUGUUCCUAUUAUUUUGUCCACUCCCUCUCUGACUUAACUGCUUAGGAGAAGCGGGGACUGUUGGAAAGAAGUCUCAGCCAAAAGCCUUAACUCACUGCCAUCGAUUCAUUUUACAGCCUAAUGUCACAUUUCUAUGCAUGUCCAGAUGAAAACAACUGAUUUUAAUCAUCUAUGGGUUUUUUUAAGCAAUAGUAUUUUAUCACAUAUACACUAAUAAUAGGUGUAAACAAGCCAAAUAGUUGAACAUCUUUGUAUUUAUCAAUCUUUAAACUGGCAUGUAAUUGUUAUAUUUUUCCUCCUUUUGACAUAUAAAGGGCAGAAGUGUUGGAAAAAGUAUGUUAAAGUAUCUAGUGUUGUCUGACUAAGUAGUGUUACUAUAUAUGUGUUUAUAUACAGUAUAUAUAUAUAUAUAUAAUUGCUGACCUAUGAAUUUAUUAGUUUUGCUGUGGCUAGAUAGGGUUUCGGGUUUGUUACAACUGAACCUAAGGUUAAAGGUGCACUACAGAUUUCUAAUUUUUUUUUUGUGAAAUACAAAGGCUGUUACAUUAUUUUACUACAGUAACUCCUUUAUAUUUGAGUUGCUACAACAGAGAGAAAGUAUUAUUUUGAUAAUCUUCCACCAUUGUUAGUUUCUGCAGCUAACAAAACUUCUUUUGUAUCGUUUGAUAUAGUUUUAUCCUGACAUAAAACAAAUAUAUGAACUGACUUGAAAUAAAGACACUAUCAAAAAGCA